AUGCCUCCAAAAAAAGAAGAGAGAAAACUGCUAGAACCAAUGUUUCAAGUAAUCCCACUAUUUUAUGAAUAUAUUGAUUAUUCAAAUGAAUAAAUGGAGUAAUUGAAUGAAUAUUUAAAUUACUUCAAACCAGAAUUGACUGCUAUGUUGAAAAAUAAUAUUUUUGACAAUAUGGAAAUAUUAUGUCAAACAAUAGGGAUUGCUUUACAUCCAUCAUUUAUUAAACCUAAUUAAAUGAUUGAUUUGAAUGAUUUUGAUGAAAAUACAAAAUUUAGAAACCCUGAAGAACUUGAUGGAGAUUAAGUACCUCAAAUGAUUCAAAUAAAUUCUGUAAUUUAUGAUUAUUUAUGUUUAUUUUAGAUAAGAAUUGAUCUUUUUACAUUAAAAUUAUUAGAUUAUUGUGCAGGUAUUAGUGGAUUGAGUACAAUAAAAAUGACAAAUAAUGGAUUAACAGUUUAAUAAUAUUAAUAAAUAGCAUUAAUAAUCAAUAAUCCUGAGAAUAAAAUUAAAAAGUUGUUUAUAGACUGGUAAUAAGUUCAUGAAAACUUUUUAUAAUAAAUGCAAUAGAUUGAAUUUUUAACUUUAAGAUCUUGUUAAUUAAGUAUAAUUAUAGAUAUUUUUUAGCAACAUAACAAAUUUAGACUUUAACAUUAAAUGUUUAGAAUUUAAAAUGUUUAGAUUUAUAUGAUAAUAAACUAUCAAAGGAAUCUUUAAAUUUAAUAGGAAAGAUGUUGAGUUAAAACAGUUUAAUUGAAUUUCUUGGUUUAGCUAAAAAUGGAAUAUAAUCAUUUGAUGAUUUAUAAGGAAUAACUUAAAAUAUAGGAAGAUUUUUAAUGAGUCAAGAAGAUUAUGAUGAUUAUAGAUUAAAAGAGAAAGAGAGAGAUGCCAUUAUUGAAAGAAAUAAGAAAGUAAAGAAAAAAGGAACAGAAGAAAAUGUUCCAUUUUUAGAACCUAUUCAAUAAAUUGACAAUAAUUGGUAUUUAAUGAAAAAUUCAAGAUUAUGGUUAAUAAAUUUAUCUAUGAAUUAAAUCGAUGACUAAUCUAGAGAUGCUAUAGAGAAGUUCUUAUUAUAAACAGGAGAAAAUUUCUAAUUAGUAUUAAUUGGAAAUAGAUUUGAUGACUAGAAAGCAUUGUAGAAAACAAAAAAGAAGUUUGGGAAAAAAUUAGUAUUAUGA